AUUGAUAGUGUGGAGUUGAUAGUUACAUGUAUUGAGAGUGUGCUCUAAGUGAUUUACUGGAAGCCAUAAGCAUAGAAAGAAAUCAAGGGGAAAUGAAGUGAAAGGGGAAACCCAGAAUAAUAAAGAAGUGAAACUAAAAGCUUUUACUACUGUAUAUAAAAUGCAGCGCACACAAACACACACACUCAGUCUGUCUGUGUCUGUGCUCCUGACUGCAGGAUAAGACUCGAUCAUGUCAUUUGUUACAAAAAUUCUCAGACAAAACUCCAUGAUCUCCAUUAAACAUCAUGGUCUCACUACUCCAUAUUGCAUCAUAUGGUUGGUGAGUAUAGGCUUCCUCACAGCAGACUCUCAGAUAUCAGCUCGAGUGGGUUCCACAGUUAUCCUGCCGUGUGAGUGGAGAGAUGUCCAUCUCCAGAUACCUCAUGUUCAGUGGAACACAGUUUCUGAGACUGUGUUUGAGAGAAAGGGUGUAGAGCUGUACGUGGGUGAUGGAUAUCAGGGCCGUGUGGACGUUCCUCAAGACAAGCUGCUUAAAGGAAACUGUUCUCUGGUGCUGAAGAACGUCAGACUCAGUGAUGCAGGCGUCUACGAGAGCUACCUGUCUGUGAGGCGCAUGAAGAGAGCCAGCUCUACGAAAUGGGUUUUAGUCCAGUGGCUCAAGCUCUCAGUCGAUGAAACACCUGAAGAGACUUUACAGCACAGCUAUCUAUCUGCCAGAAAAACACCUGAGGAAGAUUUAAAUGCAUGGAUGACUGAUGAUGCAGGAGUGACUCGUCCUGGACCUCAGAUCAUCCUCCUUUCUCUUCUUGCAUGUUCAUGUGUCCUUCACUUCUGAGUAGAAGCAUCAAAGGAGCAGCGAAAAUUACAGACACCUGGACAUUAGAAUAUUCAUUAAUAGUUCAAAUCUAAUAUUAUAUAAACUAAUAUAAUUUAUCAUUUUUAUUAUUACAUUAUACAAAUUUCAGCUUACGUUGCUGCUUACUGAUGAUUAACAGAGCGUAACCUGUGAUAAUGCACUGGCACUGGAGACUCCUUCCACAUACAUGAAUGUAAAAUGUAAUGAACUGUUACUAUAGAAACAAUAUUUAUAAGAAGGAGCACUUUAAUGAUAUCUGUGAUACAAAUUUAUAUAGUUUUUAAAUAUUAUCCAAAUUUGGAGCUUCUGUAAUUUAGGUUAAUGGAAAAAAAUGUUAAAUGUGAUCACACACUACAACAACUACCUCAUAAGCUUCCUUUUAAACAGUUGUUUAAAGUAAAAGAAAAAAAAGUAAAAAAAAAAAAAAAAGAAAAGCAAAACACCAGUUUCAAAGCUAUAGUAUAAGAAAUUCAAAUUCCAAGUCAAGAAGCUUUUAUUGUCAUUUGAACUCUGUUGCAUUAGACAGUGAAAUGCGACAACGUUCUACAGUAUAAUGGAGUCAAAUAGAACAAAGACAGAGUUAAGGACUUAAUUUAGUCCUAGAAACAAAGUGUACAGUAUCUGAGCAACGUGGUGUAAACAAUGAGACAAAAACAUAUUAGAAAUGAAAUGAAUAAUGUGUUUAAUUUUAUUUGUAUUAAAAAACUUUUUCUAUCUACUUUUA